AUGAGAUCACGAAGGAUAGUUUAUCUCCCCAAGUGGAAGCAAACAGCUAUCGCGUCACAAGGAUAUGCAGAAUAUUCAUACGACAAAUCCACAACCGAACCAGUACACCCUUGUCUACUCGAGAUCCAUGGGUCAGCAGAAUACAGCAACGUCGCAUUGAGAGACGCUAUCCAAGUUUUCCGUAAACAGUACAGGAAUCUGGUCCUAAAUGACCUCAAGUUUGUUCUAGAGCUGAUUCAGGAUGGCUCAAGUAAUCAAGAAGAGUUUUGGGAGUAUGUAGCAGUCCUCGUCCGACGAUCUUUGCCUCAAAUUAAGACAAUAUCGAAGACCGCUACCAAUGAAUGGCAAAGGACCCUUGCUUAUGCUCUUCUCGAAGUUUAUUGGAAGCAAAACCAAUCUGUUUUUUUGGAGCAAGUUGAAAAAGCGUUUGAGCGGACAGCGGAUCAGGAGACGAGUCAAUCAAAAUCACGGCCAUCUGAUGCAGAAAUCAUUGCUCACAUUGUGAUCGAGAGCUUGCUGGCAACAUUUUAUCCAAAAAGCGCGUUGGAAUUGUAUGAUAUGCUCAGCUUGCGUGGGAUUGAUAUGCCACGUCGUAUUCUCGCAAGCCUUAUACGGAUUGCUACCGCACAAGGCGAUGACUACCAGCUUGAACGUAUUGGCAAUAUGAUGAUUCGCCAUGAAGAACUAUAUCAGGGCGCUCUGGAGUCUGCUACAACAAGAUCAAGACCGUUCAAUCGACCUUUGCUUAUGUCUCCUAAGUUGAUGGACGUAUUUAUUCGUGGAGCUUGCGAGAAUCAGCUUUAUGACUUGGCUAGAAAAGUUUUUGACCGAGGACUUGCUGCAGGCGAAAACUAUCGCGUGAUAACAUUUACCAGAAUUUUGAAUUCAUUUUCUGUCAAGGAGUUUGGAUUUGAUAUCCUCUUAGCAUCAGAGACUCAUGAAAAGAGAACGGAACAUAUUUGCCGCCCAAAACGAACAGAAAUACUUGGAAGUGAAGAGUCCAGCAAAUAUUCUCAAUUGGAAAGGGAUUCGUCUGUAUUUGCGCCUAGUUCAAUUGGUAGAAAAAUCACGGUUGCUGAACCCCAAGACAUUCAAAAGUACACGUUGGCAAUGCAAGCACAAGGCGUCAAGCCUAAUAUGACUACACUAAAUGUGCUUGUCAAACUCUAUCUCGAGAUGGCGCAAUACAAGGUCUCCAAUGCGCCUGCAUGGAAAACAGUGUUCAUUGACUUCAACCCGCUUAAACUAGAGCCAGAUAUCGUUACAUAUAAUACUCUUCUCGCUUAUUACGCGGCACACAAAGACCUAUUAACCAUGCGCAAAAUCUAUGAUCAUAUGGCGGGGACACUAGAUGGCGAAUGGCUGAAAUCAAGAAAAGCAGAGAGGCGGAGGAGAAUUAACGAUGCGUCUACCAAUCAGGACAUUGACCCGAGUGCACUGAAUUCCAAUAUCAUUCACCAGCCUCACAGUAAUGACAGUGAUGUCGCGGAAGAAAUUGAAAAACUACCCUCAGAAAAGAGGCGGCCAUCUCCAAGUCCACAGAUGCGUUCACACCGCGACAUUUACACAUACAACAUUAUGCUUCACGCAUUACUGCAGCAUGCCGUUGAGACCAAGGACAUUGCUUCGAUUGGACAGUGCUUUCAUGACAUGGAACAAGAUGGCAUUCCAGCAGACACAAUUACUUUCAACACCAAUAUUCUAUAUCAUAUUACUCGAGGGGAUGUUUCUGCUGCGCUGCAGGUCUUUCGCAGCAUGAAGCCAGUAAAUAGAAAGGUCUCGAUGCCUGCAUUUACUGACGAUCCGUGGGAUGGCGAACGGGAUUUGAGGACGUUCGGAUUUAAUAAUGUUUCUCUCAGGAGAUCGUCCAAGCCUGUCAGGUCAACGCCCUCUUAUAUUGGCAAACCCCCGACAGAUGGGGCUAUGUCAGGUAGAUUGAAAACAGAUGACUCGGUCCAGUCGCAACCAAACAAUGAAACCCACCUAUUGUCCACAUCAAUGUUAGAAGUGGACUCCCCACCAGCCCCAGAUGUUGUCACUUUUACGUCGUUGAUCAGUGGGUUUGCACAUUUGAAUCAAAUGGACAAAGCAACCAAUGUUUUCAAGGAAAUGACGAACCAAUUCCAUAUUGAGCCUAAUCUCAAGACAUACACGACACUCAUCGCAGGCCUUCAUCAAACUGGAGAUCAUAAACGAGCAGAACAGCUAUGGGAAAUUGUUGUCAAUGGAAAUAAAGCACCCUGCUCGAGAGUGGGUGGAUAUAAUAACCACAUAAAGGAUCAUGAGCGACAAAGUAAUAACGAGUGCCCACCGACUGCAGGAGAAGUAGCACUUCAAGAAGAUGAGAAAGAUGAACGCCUAGAAUAUCAGCAAAUGCUCCAGGGCCAACCAACAGAGCAUUUAACUGUCAUGGAGCGUCGACAAAUUGAGACUCGAUGUAAACUGUAUAAAGAACAGCUGAAAUGCUGA